GGAAGAGACCAGGAGCACAAAUUGACAAUUUCAUCACUCGAAAUGCUCCAAACAGGGCUUGCUAUCUCGAAGUUGCCAAGAACUUUACAAGACGCCAUCUUAUCGAGCUGGAAUCUUGGCAUAAAAUUCAUCUGGAUAGACUGCCUCUGCAUCUCCCAGGACGAUGAGAAAGACUGGGCUCGCGGAAUCGCGGAUCUGCUUACAACCUUUGGUAAUGCUUAUCUUACCAUUUGUGCGAGCAGAGCAAGCGACAGCCGGGAAGGCUUCCUUCAUCCAGUAUCUCACCCG